AGAUUUUAUACAUAACGGGUCUGAAUUGUGCUUCCGGAUGUUACAGAAAAACUUCCUUAUCUCACGUGUAACAGUGACUUCUGCAGACUGCCGACCUAGGUAGGCAUUAACUGAGCCUGAAAAAUGCUACUUUUAUCAAACAGGAUAAAGUUUUGUUCUCUUGCGUUUACCGCCGCUCGCCUGUACAGCAGCGGCCCCGCAGCCGCUAGCAAAAACCCAACGGUUUACUUUGACAUUGCUGUAGACAACCAGCCCCUCGGCAGGGUAACCUUUGAGCUCAACGCCGAUGUUGUUCCAAAAACCGCAGAGAACUUCCGAGCCCUGUGCACUGGGGAACACGGCUUUGGCUACAAGGGAUCAACUUUCCACAGGGUGAUCCCUAAGUUCAUGUGCCAGGGUGGAGAUUUCACCAACCACAAUGGAACUGGAGGGAAGUCUAUCUAUGGAUUGAAGUUUCCCGAUGAGAAUUUCAAUCUGAAGCACACUGGACCUGGUAUCUUGUCUAUGGCGAAUGCUGGACCCAACACCAACGGAUCCCAGUUCUUCAUCUGCACGGCUACAACCGAAUGGCUGGACGGCAAACAUGUUGUCUUUGGCAGUGUGAAAGAAGGAAUGGACGUGGUCAAGAAAGUGGAGUUAUGCGGUUCCCAGACUGGGCGAACCUCCAGGAGGAUCACUAUCACAGACUGUGGAGAGCUCAAGUAGGGUUCCUAUGAGUGGUGGACACGGUCGUAGCCUCAUCUCCUGCUGUAAUUUCAAUGCGAGAGUCCGAGUGAAAGAGACUCUUUCUUCAGCCAUGGCACUAAGUGCUGCCACAUCGCGCUGUCAGUUAACUAUCUCAGAGUUGCACUCCUUUCCUGCUGGUACUUAAAAUCUGCGUUAAUCUUUCUUCAGGUAACGACUUACGCACUAAUUUGUGUCAUGCUUCCAAAUGUGAACUAGUGUUAGAGAACAAAAUACAAUGGGAUGACAGGUAUUUGAAAGAGUUAUUAACUCAUUAGUAUACGUUCAAACUGUGGUAAAGAGGGGCAUAUAUUUCAAAAUAAAUAAAGUCAAUUUUUCUAAAUA